AUGUUAAUUUAUGGAAAGGGAAUAAACCAAACCGAAGGUCAGCUUUUAAAAGUUGCCGAUUUUGGACUCAGCUGUAUUCCUGGCGCAGAGACGAGCUCACAUUAUUUUUGUCCGAAGACAGUUCAAACUCUGGAAUAUCGAGCACCAGAAAUUUUUCUCGACUUACCUAUCACAAAUCAAAUAGACAUGUUCAGCGUGGGUUUGAUUUUGGCUCAACUGAUUAUUGGUGUUCCAAUUAUGCACGGUAAAAAUAAAGUUGAUCAAUUUGCAUCCUUGAUGGAAGUGCUUGGACCUCCACCAUCUUAUAUGAUCCCACCAGGAAAAGAUAUAUAUGCAAAAGCAAUCAACUACACAACUGAAAGCGGGUUGAAGAGGAAACCUAACCGCACUCCACUGGCUCUUCUGCUUCUAGGUGUCGAUGACGCUCUAUUGUUUGACUUGAUUGCAAGAUGUCUAAAGUAA